CAGUAUUUCGCCGAUCGGUUCGAAUCUCAGCCCAAAGUCCGAUUGCCUUCCUGCAAUCCUGGUAGCUGUUUGGCCUCAACCAUUCCCAAAGCUACCUUAGUGGCGACAUUAGACCCAGAUGGUCUACAAGAUGUCUCCGAUAUGUCUCCGAGCUUGCCAUAGCCGCCUGCGUUCAGGCUGAUCAUUUCUGGGCAGUAAAGCUAUAAAUAUGGCCGUUUUGCACCUUGAAUUGUGCUCUUGUAGUUUUGAGCAUCUUCUGCUUUUUCAACAGUUCUAAAAAACUUAAAUUAUUUGCUCCCAUCCAUUGUUGCGAUUAUCCAAGUUGAACAUUUACAUCCAAUCAUGGCAGAACACACCGAGGCGAACCGUCAAUACUUUGAAAAGUUGGCCAAGUCCUACAAGACCGAUUUUCAGAAAGGUUUGGAGGCAAUCUGCAGACAGGUGGAUAGUCGCCGUUCCUGGAUCAGUGACAUUUGGACCAACACAGAGGCCGGAAAUGGGAAAGAGAUCAAGAUGAUGGAGUAUGCGUGUGGGCCUGGUGCUGUCUCUUUGACAUUGGCACCCUUUGUCUCAAAAGUCGUUGGCUUGGACGUCUCCGAAGGGAUGGUCAGCGAGUAUAACAAGAAUGCCCAGGAAGCAGGCUUUGGAGACAAGAUGACCGCGCUGAAAGGCGACCUUUUGGCCGAGACUAUCCCGGAGGAGCUCCCAGGGCCCGAGUACUUUGAUUUUGACAUCGUGGUUGUCAGCAUGGCUUUUCACCACUUCGAGCGGCCGGACCUGGCCAUGGCCCGCUUUGGCGAACGGCUGAAGAAAGGUGGUGUGUGUAUGGUCGUCGAUAUUGUACCAGCCAGCGACGACCAUCAUCAUCACCACCACCAUCAGGGCCCUCAUAGGGUUGAGCAUGGUUUUGGCAACGCUGAGCAUACGGUCAAAAGCCAUGGGUUCACUGAAGAGCAGAUGCAGCAGCUAUAUGAAGGCGCAGGUCUAACUGGCUUUAGAUAUGAGGUUAUGGAUGAGCAGGUUGUGUUCCACAAGGAAGGGAAGGAGCUGAUCAAGACCCUGUUCAUUGCUCGUGGGCAGCGUGUGUGAUAUAGAUAAUCUAUAGCAUCCGUAUGCGAUGAAACCUCGAUUGAAAGCUAAGCGCCAAGCAAUUCCAUUCGAAUUCAG